CGGGGUGGAGCCAGACGGUUGUCAUAGCGACCGUGAAACAUCAAGCCCGUUCAGAGUUCACAAAGCUAAGAAAACAUAAGAAAUGGAAUCAGCCCAUAAAGCAAAGACAUCCAGGGAUGAGACGCCUACUUUGGAACUUAGUGGUGUGAUGCAGCUCCCAGAAAACACCAACUGCCUUGCUUGCUCAGACGACGGCAGGUACCUCUGUCUGGGCCACUCCGGGGGCUUGACUGUGUGGCGUGCGUCAUCUCUGAAUCGUGUUGCAGGGUGGCUACGGGACAGGCUGGAAAUUACAUCUAUCCAGAUGACAAGUAUGUCUAAGACCAUGUAUCUGCUUGGCACUGUUGAUGAUAUGGGUGUUGCGAGAGUCUUUGGUCAUCACUUGGACUCAAUACACCUCCUCUGCGUUAUUAACAUUAUGGAAGAUAUCAACAAAAGGAGCAUUUGUUUGUCAUUUGAACUCUUUGAAGGGGGAAAUUAUGGAGCUGCAUCACUCAGUUGCGGCAGAGCUGUUUGGCUUGAGAUCUACCAGUUCCCUUCGGCAGCAUGGCUGAAAGAGUUGGAGAUGGCACAGAACCCAAACUCAUCUGAAUGGUCACCAGUUACAGUAAUGAUUCAAAUCAGGCCACCAAAAAUCCCAACAGAGAAGGCAAUCAAUGGUCCACCUGAGGCCUCGCAGCCAACAGACUUUCUGAUGCACUGUUUGGCUCUGGACAUAAUCAGGAGCAGCAGCCUUCGAUGGGAGAAGCCGCCCUUCAGUACAGAUGAAGGAAAAACAAAGGAAAUGAAUGAAAGCCCAAGACAUUGCACGCAGCACUUUCUUCUGCCCUGUGGUCCUGGUGACAGCAAAGCAGAGUUUCAGCCAGGAUUACUUGUCGCUGUUGCUGUGUGGUGGAGUGGCAGCUGUAAUCUUCUUCAGUAUUUCCUAAAAAAACCAUCAAAGAGCAGCCCAUAUGUGGAACCCAUGCCAGAUUUGUUGUGGCCAAAUGCAAAGGAAAUCCUCUGCUCAGCUGUUAGUAAAUGCACCCGUUACAUCGCUCUUGGGCUCAGUGAUGCCUUGGUGUGUGUCUGGGACAGGCGAUCCGGGGCUCCAUUGUCUCUCGUUUUAAUGCCAGAAGCAAACCGCGCCUUAUUCAUGGUACAGUUUGUGGAUUGCUGCCCUGUGACUGAUGAUGACUUCCAGAUUUUUACUGCUGAAAAAGUCCAUCUUUUGAUAUUGUGUAAAAGUGGAGCAAUUCAUACCGUCACAACUGGACGAGGGACAAAACCCAACACAAAGCAGCUCUCUGAAAGGCCAAAGGACAGCAAGGACCUCCCGACUGUCACUGCAUCAGUGCAGUUCCUGCAGGGAAUGUCACUUGUAAUGCAAAGGAGUGGAAAAAUGUCCAUCCAAGAUGUCAUCAACAACACCACUGUGUGCUUCCUGACUCCUCCCACAACUCAUCUCAUUACGACUCCCCACAGUCCAAUUUAUGCGCUGAACUCCAAACAGCAGAGUCUGUUCAUACGAGGUGACCAGGACACCAGCUACAGUGCUACAUCUGAAGAAAGGAACCAGAGCCAGCUUUUCGUCUUCCGUUUUGCAGAGUCUGACAUCUUUAAGCAGCAUGUUGUUUCACAUCCUGAGUCCACACAACAGCAGCAAACACUGAGCUACGACACCUUAGAGGAAACCUGCAGUUUCUACCUUCAGAAAAGAGCACAGUCUGUGGAGGAAAGGAACAAAACUCUGACACAGACAUGGGAGCAGCUGCAGGAAAAUUCAAUGAAAUGAUAAAGAUCAGCCGCUGUGGUGGUGCCGGUAUAAAACCUCCGGAGCCCCUUUCUGAAGUGGAUGGUGAAUAGGCCGUAGAUGAGCGGGUCCAGGCAGGCGUUGACAAGCCCAAAGAUGAACAGGAUGUGAGUUAAGG